CCAUUGAGUGUGUGUCUGUGUGAUGAGAGAGAGAGGGAGAGGGGGAGAGGGAGAGGGAGAGAGACGGACAGGCCAACCCCCGCCUCUGCGCCUUUGGCACGGCUCAGUACCAACACUUGCAGGCUUUUAUACCCUCUACCUCUGUCUCUCUCUCUCUACACACUCUCACCUCUCAUUCAUGUCUCUCACACACGCUGUAUACUGUUAUCAGAUACUUGUAGUAAAAAUACUGGUGGUGUUAUUGGAGGUGUCAGUGGCACUGCAGCAGCAAACCAUCGGACAAUGAGAACGCUGAAGGCGUGUGAUGGGGUGUGAAUGUGUAUGUGAAAGACAGGUAGGAAAAAGAAGGUUGAGAUGGAUAGGAGAUUGAUGGCAAAAGGAGAGAGAAAGGCACAGGGAAAUAUGCCUGCUUCUCCUGCCGCAGCUGCCUCCUCUUGUUUCCACGCCCGCGGAGGGCGCAUGGGGUGCUGCCGCGGUGAGGCUAAGCGACGCGUCACCGCCUCUCGGAUUCCCGUCCUCCGCCGCGUACCGCAUUUAUACCCCACCUGCGCCGCUCCCAGUCCCUGUCUCCCCCUCCUUCGUGAUCCCUCCACUGAGCACUAUUUUUGAACCCUCUCGAGCGUGUUGGAGAUCCGUUUGGGCUCGUGAGUCCGCGGCCGCCGACCGAUGGGGGAGCCCGUGCCGAGCGCGCCGCCGCUUUCGGCUCCACCGGUCGUGGUGGUCGCUCCCAGACCCAAGUCGCCGCCCAAGUACCCCGACCUCUGCGGCCGCCGGAGGCUGCAGCUCGAGCUGCAGAUGUUGAACCGCGAGAUUGGCUUCAUCGAGGAGGAGUUACAAUCACUUGAAGGAGUCCAACCUGUUUCCAGAUGCUGCAAGGAGGUCAACGAGUUUGUGGGAAUAAAACCAGAUCCUUUGAUGCCUAUAAAUAAGCGGAGGCACGCAUCGUGUUGCUUGUGGAGAUGGCUGAGGUCGAAGUUGUGCUUUAACUUGUCAUGGAUUUGCUGCCUCAGUGGGUGUAUGCUUGAGCUCGAAAGACCAAGCUGUUCUUGUCCACAGAACUGUAACCGUUGUCAAUGUGGAUGUCCCUGCCCUCGAUGCUGUGAGGCUCCUACCUGCACACCAUGCUGCAGUUGUUCCCGAGUUCCCUGUAGUUGCAGCAGAUCACCCUGCAGCUGCUUGAAGCUUCCUUGCAGUUGCAUUGGAGCUUGCUGUAGCUGCUUGAAAUCUCCUUGCAGUUGCAGCAGAAACUGCAGCAAUUGCUCGAAAACACCUUGCAUUUGCGACGGAACAUGCUCCUGCUGCUCCAAAAUUUCCUGCAGCUGUGGUGGAACAUGCUGCAGCUGCUCGGAGGUUCCUUGCAGUUGCACCAGAACAUGCUACAGGUGCUCCAAAACUCCUUGCAGUUGCUGUGAAACAUGCUGCAGCUGCUCAAAAGUUCCUUGCACUUGCGGCUCAACAUGCUUCAGCUGCUCAAAAGCUCCUUGCACUUGCGGCUCAACAUGCUUCAGCUGCUCAAAAAUUCCUUGCAGCUGUGCUGGAACAUGCUGCAGCUGCACAAAACAUCCUUGCAGUUGCGCUGGAGAAUGCUGCAGCUGCUCGAAAACUCCUUGCAGUUGCGCUGGAGAAUGCUGCAGCUGCUCGAAAACUCCUUGCAGCUGCGCUGGAGAAUGCUGCGGCUGCACCAAAAAUCCUUGCAGUUGUGGUGGAACAUGCUGGAGUUGCCCAAAGGCUUCUUGCAGCAGUUGCUCCGAUGUGUCUUGCUGCAAACCGCAAUGCCAUUGCUUCAACGCUUCCUCCUGCAGGCCUCACUGCUGUAGCUGGUGGCCUUCCUGUUUCAGGCCAUGGCGGUGUGGCUGGUGGCCGUCAUGCUCCAGUUCAUGCUGUGAUCAACCAUGUUGCGGUGGCCGGAAGACAUCAUGCUCCAGUUCAUGUUGUACUCGACCACUCUGCUGCGACUGGAGGCCGUCCUGCCCCGGUUCCUGUUGUGCCCAAGGAUGGUGCCGUGGGUGGAACCCCACCUGCUGGAGACCACAGUGCGACUGCUCAUGGUGCUGCGGCUGGAAACCUUCGUGCUGUUCCGGAAGACGGUGCUGUAGCUCGAAGCCUUCGUGCUCCAGAGGCUGCUGCGCCUGCGCCCUCCCAAGACUCUCCUGCCCUGAGUAUUCUUGUGGCUGUGUCUGGUCCUGCUCCAAGUGCACAGAUGCAUGCCUCUUACCUAAAUGCACCAAAAAACCCUGCUGCAUCACUGGAUGUCUAUGUUAAGAUUCAGACCAUAAAUUUGUAUUCCUUUAUUCUAGCUUGACAUGCCAUAUUAUAUAUUCUAUUGUAUCUCUGAAACAUGUUCAAUAUAUAGAAUUCUGUGUAGUAGUCACUCAUUCUUGA